AGUUAGUAAGUUAAUUAAAAAAAUCAUUUUAUGUUACCACCAACAUCCCUAGCAUCACAACCCACAACACCCGCAUAAUAGUAGGAUGCCGCCAACAGAGACACUACGUGCUGGCAGCGGCAAUGGUGAAAGAGGCGCCGGUGGCGCUGGUGGCUCCGAACAGACAUACAUCAUCAGACAGAGCAACAAAUGUUACGAGCACCGCGAUUCUCAGGCGACGGCCAUGUCUGUGGACUACUCCGGUCAAUGGGUGCUGUUGGCGGGUCGCGGCCAUUUGGCCCUGCAGCGUUUGGGCCAAGACGAUGGAACACUGCGUCGUCACGAGCGUCAGUCCAAAUACGACAUAUCCGUAGCCGAGUUUGCUAUUUGUCCUAGUCGUCGAGAGUACUGUGCCAUAGCGACCAGUCAAAAUAUUGACAUUGUGCGCUGGGGUCCUGCCGAACCCUACUAUGAGAAUUCGUUGCGUGGACAUACGCGCACAGUCACCGACAUCGACUGGCGUAACAAGAAUCCCAAUUUGCUGGUCAGCUGCUCCAUAGACACCUUCUCGCACAUUUGGGAUCAAGCCGGCAUUAUCCUUGAACGCCGUCUGCAUGUCGGGCGCCACUCAGGUUGGCUUUAAUCGUCGUUCGGGUAACUUGUUGGCCGCCGCUCACGACGGUGACUUGCGGAUCUGGGACAUACGCAAGGGCAGCUGUC